AUUGAAACUCAUCCCCUUCCUAACGUUACCCCCUCCCCUUUUGCUGGGCGGGAAAGGGAAAGCCCAGUAGGGGAUAUUUUUCUGCAGUUGCAGCGCGGCAUCCUUUCGCCGCCCAGUUCCUCCCGCGAGCCUGGUGGACCCGUUUCUUCCAAAGAUACCCACCUUUCUCACGCUCUCAUUGGUGCUGCUGCUGCUCCUUUUGAGAUCUCUUUGAAAAGGAUUUUCUGAAUUAGUACUGCCAUGUCUGAUUUUGAAACAGAAGAUACUGAAGAGACUGUGACUUGUCUGCAAAUCGCUAUUUAUCAUCCAAAACAAGAAGAAAAACCAGUCUUCCACGCUUUAACCUUCUGCCACGAACAACAGCUGAGAGCAGAUGACAUAGUGAAAUUUGGAAGAGAUUCGAACAUCUGUCGUUUUCACUUUGUAGAUACACGGGUUUCACGUGUUCAGUUUUCCCUUCAGUUUUUCAGGCACUUCAACAGCUCAGAGUUUGGUUUUGAGAUUAAGAAUCUGAGCAAAAAGGGAAAGUUAUCUGUGGAUGAUGUUGAACUGGCCUAUCUAAAUAAAGUCAAUCUACCAGAUAAAUGUAUGGUUUGUUUUGGAGAGUACCAGAUGCAAUUGCAAAAACAAGAAGGACAAUGUGAAGACUACUUUAACAUCUGCUUUGAAUUGUCCAGAACGUCACUGUUACAAGAAAAAAAACUAUUUUUAAAAAAACCAGUAUGUGAAAGUAGCAGUUCAUAUACCCAAUUUCCAACAGAAAUGGAUGAGAAUGAAUAACUUGGAAAAUUCAAUGAAAAAAAACAAUUGUGUAUUCAGUGGUCAUCUUUACUUUGUGUGCUAUGGUAGUUGAAAUGAUAUCUGUACAUCUAUAUCAGGGGUCCUCAAACUUUUUAAAUGGGGCCAAUUCAUGGUCCCUAGACUGUUGAGGGGGUGGACCAGUUAGGUGGGCGUGGCUAAGUUGUCAGUGACUGGGUGGGUGUGGCCAAUUUAGCAGUCUAUUAAACAAUACACACAAAUUGAUUAAUAUGAUAAAUAAUAAAAAAUUAAACUUU